GUUGGUGGUGGCAUCCUACACAGAGCAAGGAAAGAAGUGAGAGUUUUACCUGAGUGCGUACAUCGUUGCAGAAGUACCUGCGGGAGGUCAUUUUGGCAGUUCUUGUCAGUUUUGGCGUUAUCUUUCUCACCUGUGCUGCAGGUAUCAUUUGUUGUCUUUUUGGAGGUGUUAUCCACAGCAUACCGUGGAUGAAGAAGACUCACUCCUCGGUUUCUUCAUGGCAAGGAGACUCAAUAUUGUGUGCCUAGCAUGGCUGCGCCUCCUGCACCGACCUCCCAGGGACCGGUAUGGCUUUUAGCCGCAUCAGUAAACUGGACCCUCCUUGCCGAGGCAUCUUCAAGAAAGCGGCGGUCAUGCUGUGCACCCUCUUCACCUCCCUCUUCCUCCUGCACUGCUUCAUCGGCCGCUGCAGCACCACUUCACCGGUUAAGGCGUCCUCCGGCCGGGCUGUGGGGCUCUUCGAGGACUUUAGGUCGCUGAGGACUAAGAGACUCGCGCACCAGUGGACCUCUGGGUCGGAGCUGACGGGCUACGGGGUGGCAAGGCGAUCUUCACGGGUUCUCGCGGAUGAGCGCACGGUGCAGGUAUCCGAAUUACCCGAGGAGGAGUCUUUCAUCUUGCCACAACCGGAUUUAGUUGCCUCCCGGAAAGUGUCGCCGAGGUUCGCAGGUAGACUCAGUCCACUCGGGGAGGGGAGCAAGAAGCUGCCCCAGGCUCUCAUCAUCGGGGUGAAGAAAGGAGGAACCCGGGCUCUGCUGGAGUUUCUCCGGGUUCAUCCAGACAUCAGAGCCGUGGGAGCUGAGCCGCAUUUCUUUGACCGAAACUAUGACAACGGACUGGAGUGGUACAGGGAGCUGAUGCCCAAGACUUUAGAGGGCCAGAUCACCAUGGAGAAAACCCCCAGCUACUUUGUGACCAGAGAGGCGCCGGCCAGGAUAUCCGCCAUGUCCCGGGACACCAAGCUGAUCGUGGUGGUGAGGGACCCUGUAACCCGGGCUAUCUCGGACUACACACAGACUCUGUCCAAGAAGCCGGACAUUCCCUCUUUCGAGAGCCUCACCUUCAAAAACAUGACUACGGGGCUCAUCGAUACCUCGUGGAGCGCCAUCCAGAUCGGCAUCUACGCCAAGCACCUGGACAACUGGCUGCAGUACUUCCCCAUGGAGCAGAUCCUGUUUGUGAGCGGCGAGCGCCUGAUCAGCGACCCGGCCGGAGAGCUGGGCCGCGUGCAGGACUUCCUGGGGCUCAAGAGGAUCAUCACUGACAAACACUUUUACUUCAACCAGACCAAGGGUUUCCCGUGCCUCAAAAAGGCCGAGGGCAGCAGCAAACCCCACUGCCUAGGCAAAACCAAAGGGCGGACCCACCCCAACAUUGACCCUGAGGUGGUGCAGAGGCUACGGGACUUCUACAGGCCCUUCAACAUGAAGUUCUACCAGAUGACAGGGCGCUUUUUUGGCUGGGAUGACUGAAUGUGUUUUUUCUCUGAAGGUUGGAGUAUUCAGGAGCACUCAAUGUGGGUUGUAUAAGAGAAUGCAUUUGUAAUAUUUCAAGAAGAAGUCAUAAACAUGGCUAACAAUUCACAAAGUAUAUCAUUAUAAAUGUUUGUUUUUUAGGGAAUAACUCAACCCUCUGUUAUACAAAUGAUGUUUUUGCAAGCACAUAUAUUUUUACAGUAUUUAUGGAGAGCAAAGCUAAAAUAUCCACAUCUAAUUAUCACCUUCAGGAUGUUAUAUUCUCAAAACAUAACCUUUUUUAUUUUACAACAUAGCUCUUAUAAUAUAUACGUGUAUGUAAUAAAUACAUAUAAUAUAUUUGAGAAUAUAAUAACCAGUUGGAAUUGGAUUAUUCUUAACACUCAUUAAAAAAAAUUGCCAUCUUAUCUUAUCCUCAAAGUAUUAUUAAAAAAAAUCUACAAAUAUUAUGACUUUAUUCUCGGAAUAUUUUUACCCUAAAAGUGUUCCUAUACUCCGUCCUCAGCUUUAACUCUAAGCAAUAUGUGGCUGUUACAGGAGAGAAAUAAGCCCAAUUUCCCUCCGUGGCUCCCCAGAUAUGCAAUAUUUCACUGUUACAUUUUUCAUCUACAAAGCUGCCUCUAAUCCACAAUCAUGGAGAUAUUUGUCUUGUAUGAACAUAUUGAGUUGUUGAAGGAUUUGCGUCAUAUCUCCCUGCACUAUCUGACGUUGUUUUGCCAGUGUGAAGUCCUUGGCUGUGACUCGGAAAUAUUGUAUGCAGUGCUUCUUUAAGAAGAUGUGUGAAAUCACAGAGUGUCCAGGGGCUUUUGAUAAAUGCCGUGUUUUAAUGCCAUAUUUUAAACAUACAUAGCUGCUUUUCAAAAAUGUAACAUUUUUCUAGCAAAAUAAGAAUAUGAAAAGAUAAAAAUAUAUGUAUUUUUGAAAUGUAUUUAUUCAAGAAGUACACAAGCAGUAUGUACAUGUUAUAAAUAACUCCUCAGUGAUUAUUUGCGCCAUUAUUAUUAUGCUACCCAUGCCUUUUAAGAGUUUUCCUUGUUUUAUACUAAAAACAUGUUAUCCUCAUUUAAAUUUCAGGUCAUCCUGUUGAAUAUUUAUUUACCAUACAGUGUGGGAAUGCUUGUCUCCACUUAACUUCCAGUGCCAGAGCUGCGAGCGUGUUAUUUCAAGCAUCCUCUCCCCACCUUCACUUAAUGAAGUUACAGGCAAAGAUAGCACUCGCUGUUAUUCAAGCAGCAGUGAAUCUGGUGGAGGGAAAAGAGCUCCUUCCAACACUGGGACUCAAAUUUCCUCAACAUGCCUCCUUGUGAAUUGAAUACACUUGAUGUCACUGGCCUUCCUUGCCUUCAGGCGAAGUGUGUGUGGAAGUCGUUUAAAAAGCAGGCAGCAUGAGAACAAUGACCGAGUUGUGUUCCUAAUUUCUGUCUACUUGUAUUGUGAGCCACUUUCUGAAAGCAGAUGUGCCUCUGAAGACACAACAUGACUGUGUGUUUUGGUGUGAGCAUCAGAAAAUAACCUAAUAUAGAUCUUGGGGGGGGGGGUGAUAUUACCAAUCUAAUUGUGCUGUGCUGACUGUUGUUUUCUUAAAGUUGUUAAGAUUUUUAA